AUGCAUUGGUUAACAUCAUCAUCUUCUCUUAAAAAUGUUCAUUUAGAAUCUAGUGCUAUUAAAAAAGAAAAGAAUAUGUCGAACAUUGAUUUACAAUUUUCACAACCAAAAUUUCAAUCUCGUCUUUCUCCUUAUUAUCCUUAUUUACCUAUACAUAUUUACACUCAAAAUUUAUCAUCUUUAAGAAAUAUAUCGAAACUUAUUUUAUUAGGAAAUGGAUUUUUUGGUGAUGAAACAUGGGGUUUACAUACAAGGGAAAAAUCAUCAACAGAACCUAUGAAACAACUUUCAUGCCCAUAUUUGGCUCAUUAUUGUGACAUAACAAUUGAUAAAAAACUUUUUUCACAAGCUGAUGCCGUUGUUUACCAUAUACGUGAUCCUAUUAAUAAAAAACAGGCAAAAAAGAAUCGUCAUCCAGACCAACGUUUUGUAUUUGCUCUUUGGGAAUCACCAAUAUAUACACCUAAGCUAAAAUCUUAUAAAGGAUUUUUUAAUUGGACAAUGACUUAUCGAUUUAAAUCUCAUAUAGUAGCAUCAUAUUAUUCAAGUAAUGCUUAUAUACAUACAUCAAGUGAUUAUUAUCAAUUUAUGUUAAAAGAAAAUGAAAAAAAAAAUCUUAAUUUAAAUUUAAAAAAACCUAAUUAUCAACUUUCAGAUGAAAUAUUAGCAAAUAAAAAUUUAGGUACAGCUGCUGCAUUAAUAUCAAAUUGUGGUGGUAGAAGUCGACGAUUACAGUUUAUACGCUAUUUAAAACGUCACAUUGAUGUUAACGUUUAUGGACGAUGUGGUGAAAAAUGUCCUGAAAAUGUCGAUUGUCGUGAAUUUAUUGCAAAAAAGUAUUAUUUUUUUCUUAGUUUUGAAAACACUCUUUGUACCGAUUAUACAACGGAAAAAUUCUUUUCUACAAUUGAACAUCCGAUUGUACCUGUUGUUUAUGGACGAACAAAUUAUUCUUAUUUUAUUCCAUCAUCUGGUUUUAUAGAUAUAAAUGACUUUCCCAACUUAACUUCUUUAGCUCAAUAUCUUAAACAAACUCGUUCUAAUAAAGAAAAAUAUUUAUCAUAUUUUUCAUGGAAAAAAGAUUAUGUUUGGGGUAUAACUCAAUUUUUCACACCAUUUUGUGAUCUUUGUUUACGUUUACAUCUUGAUUCAACACCAAAUGUAAUCGAUGAUAUGGAUGCCUGGUGGAAUGAAAAUGCAUGUCAAGGACCGCGAAGAUUGAAAUCGUAA